CUCGCAUAUAUUCCUUUUUGAGGUGAUGGGUUUUUGUUUAUGGUAAUAAGUAGGUCAAGAACUGGAAGAUGGGGUUGUUUAGAGGUUUUCUACGAGGAUCAUGUCUUAUUCAGUUUGUUUUGGAUAAAUUCUUAGGUGGAUGUGGAGCCAAAUCAGUCUAUAGUGCGGUGGCUGCUUUCAAUAAUCUCUACCAAGCAAUGGAUUCUUAUGAUGAAGAUGAGCAGAAUUGAUGCUGCAUUGGAGAAUAUCAAUGAAAAGGAAGAGGGAAAGACGUAACAAGGACCACUGCAUGAAAGGGGAUGAAUGUUGUGACAGCAAAUUGGGCAUAGCUUCUGUGCAACUGGAAAACUAUUUCCUGUAGUGCAGUGGAAUUCUGGAAACACCAAUAGCAUCAGCAUUACUCAUAAAAUCUCUGCUAGAAAACUUUGCUAAUGAAUAUUCAUUAACUGGUAAUUAGGUUCACUGUAGAAACCAUGUCUUGGUUACUAGGUAGUCACUUCACCAGCAGAACUUUUCACAGAAUCACUAGGGAUGGAGUGCAUAAAAGGCUGAAAUCAGCCAAAAGAAAAUGGGUAUCAGAGAAUCUUUGGCAUGCAUUUUAGUUCAUGGGUACAAGAGUUACAUGAAAUGAUAGACAAAUCUCUGAUAUUUUUAUGUGUUAGAGAAUCAGAAUUGUCAUCCCAACCCACAGAAUUCCCCACACUUCUAAGAAAUUAAAGUGCCCACUUCCCCCUGAAACUAAUUACUUUUGUCCAAGUACAUUCCCUUUUCCCCUACUCUUCAGUUGUUACAGUCUUUAACUCUUGCUGGACAGCUUACUUUUGUAAUGGAGAGAAAUCAGCAGCGCAGACAGCUUGCAGUCAUGAGGCAAUCCCUCUUUGAUCAGGAGUAUCUUGAUGAACAAUUUAUCCAGUUGGAGGAACUCCAAGAUGAUGCUAACCCCAACUUUGUUGAAGAAGUUGUCACUUUAUAUUACCGUGAUUCAGCCAGAUUAAUCCAAAGCAUAGAGCAGGCACUGGAGAAGAAACCUCUUGAUUUCAGUAAGUUGGAUGGCUAUAUGCAUCAGUUCAAGGGAAGCAGCUCAAGCAUUGGAGCCAAAAAGGUGAAAGCUGAGUCCACCCUAUUCAGGGAAUAUUGCAGGGUUGGAAAUGGAGAAGGAUGUAUUAGGACUUUCCAGCAACUGAAGAAAGAAUACACCACACUGAAAAAGAAGCUUGAAGCUUAUUUUCAGCUGGCACGACAAGUUGGACCUGCUGAGACAGCAUGCCGCCCCAAGUAGGAUAACUAGGGGCAUCUGAUGUGGAGAGAUGACCGUGCAACCUGGGAAACAUGGGAUAAAGAGUUGGUGAAUUU